CACCUGGGUCACUAACACACCUGGGCACCUUUCAUCCCUACCAGGUCGCUUUCUCCCCCGGCACACAGGUCCGCUACCUGAUCCCAGGUGUCCUGUUGCCCUCCUCACCUCCCCAUACCUGCCCCGCACACCUGCGCAGGUGCACAGCUCACGCUACCCUCCUCGCCAUGUCUUACUACUCGACCACUAAUGCCCCCUCGUGGCGGAGCAGCUCCUCGAGCCAGACCGGGGCCCCUGAUUUCAGGAUCUCCGGCUCCAGGUUGCAGGCUCUGCGCUCCGGGAUGGACUCCGCGCUGCCGGCUCUGCGCUCCGGGGUGGACUCCAUGCUCCUCAAUAACCACCAGGAGGUGAUGCAGGGGCUGAACGAGAGGCUGGCCGGCUACCUGCAGCGGGUCCGGGGGCUGGAAGAGGACAACCGCAAACUGCAGGAGGAGAUCGACGAGAUCAAAGCCACCAAGAGCCUCGGCUCCAGGGACUGGGAGUCCUACCAAGCGCCCCUGCAGGGACUGCGCAAGCAGGUGGAGGAUCUGAAUAUGGACAACGCCAAACUACUCCUGCAAAUUGACAACGCCAGGCUGGCUGCGGACGACUUUAAAGUCAAGCUGGAGGCUGAGCAGGUGAUCUGCGACGGGGUGCACAAGGACACCCAGGGUCUGCGCAAACUCAUGGAUGACACCAACUUCUUACGCAUGAAGCUGGAGUCUGAGGUGGAGACCCUGCGGGAGGAACUGUCCCAUCUCCACAAGAGCCACAAGGAGGAAGCGGCGGCCCUCCAGGCCCUGAUAGCCAACAAUGACGUCAACGUGGAGGUCGACGCACCCAAAAAAUCGGACCUGAAUGACAGCAUCGCCCAGAUCCGCAGCCAGUACGAGAAAAUGGCGGAGCAGAACCGAGCGGAGGCCGAAAACGCCUACAAGAGCAAGUUCGACGCCAUGUCCCAGGAGGCCAACGUGAACACCAAGGCGUUGGAACAAGCGAAGAACGAGGUGGCCGAUCUACGGCGCCAGCUGCAGGCCUUGGAGAUCGAACAUCAGACCCUGCAGAAGACGGUCGAUUCUCUGGAUCGCGUCCUGAAGGACACCGAAAACCAUUAUGGAUCCAAUAUGAUGGAAUUAAACCGGGUCCUUUCCAGGCUGCAGGACGAGCUCGCCGCCUGUCGGUCUGACAUUGAGCGCCAAGUCCGGGACUACGAGGCUCUGCUGAACUUAAAAUCCAAACUGGAGAACGAGAUCCACGACUAUCGCACUCUACUCGAUGGAGUCGCGGACAAGCAGGACGAGCCGAAUUCCCCGCAGCCGGGGGAACAGGUCAGACAGACCGCUGAGAAGGUAUCGGUGACCGAAUGGGAAAUUUUGGACGGCGAAGUCGUUUCCUCUUCAUCCAGAGAAGCUGUCAGAUAAAAAUCUAGAAAACCUGUCAUCUGCGACUCGCAUCCGGAUCAUUCUAAAGAAAUCUAAGAUUGUUAUUUUGGGUUGGGGUAGAUUUCAUUCUGUGUCUUAUUACCCUUUCUUGGCUACUAAUUGAUUUGUCUAAACCGGCUCUUUAUGAAACAAUAAAUGGUAUUUUAAUGGUA